UUCUGAUUUUUGACCGUAUUCCUGUAAUAAGUUUGACCUGAAACGAUACAGGGCAAUGACAGCUCAUCAUCAGUGUGCAGUAGUACGUAGCGAUGUGAGUUACGACAAUUACGAAGUGCACACAGUACAUUAAAUUAUGCCAAGCAGUUGGUCAGCACAGACGCCGCUGAGCUUCAGGUACGUGGCGCAGGUGCGGCUGAUGCUGAGCACGGUGGGCUCGUGGCCGCACGCGCGCGCGCCGCUCGGCCGCCCCGCGCCCGCGCUGCACGCCGCGCUCGCGCUCCUCAACCUCGCCUCCAUCCUGAUAUUAUGCACCGUCAUCGUCCUAGGCCUCAUCUACUUGAAGGAAUACAGAGACGAUAUAUCGUUCUUUGUCUCGGGACACAUAUUUUUAUGUGCGGUUUUCCACAUGCAGUGUGUAGUAAGAAUGUCGUUGGCUCGGACAAAAAAAUAUCAUGAAAUUAUUAGGGACUGGUUACUUGAAUUCCACCUGUUUCAUUUCAAGAAUCGAUCGGACUAUGCUGCUAAGAUACACAAGCAGGUGCACAUCACCUCGGGCGUGAUCACGCUGUACGUGAUGUGCCAGAUGGCGAGCGGCUGCUCGCUGUUCGUGUUCAUGCCGUGGUACAACAACUACCGCCGCGGCCUGUUCCGCGCCGCCGCCGCCGCCGCCGGCGCCGCACUCCCCGCCAACGCCUCCUUCGAGCACGCCGGCUAUUACUACCUGCCCGACAAGUACUACACCACUCUUCACGGCUACUGGUGUCUGUUCGCGUUCAACUGCUACACCUCGUACGUGUCCACCAUCGGCCUGUUCGUGUUCGACCUGCUGCUCUGCCUGAUGGUGCUGCAGAUAUGGGGCCACCUCAAAAUAUUGAGGCAUAACUUGUUAAACAUGCCGCAGCCAACAAAUACCGACAGUGGCAUGUACUCUGAACAAGAAAAUAAACAAAUCCGAUACUUGUUGAAGGACAUUAUCAUUCAUCACAACUUGAUUAUAAAGUUCGUGGACCGCUGCUCGGACGCGUUCAGCGAGUACCUGUUCAUGUUCUACCUGCUGAUGCAGUUCAUCACCUGCGUGCUGCUGCUGGAGGUGUCCUCCUUCACGGCCGACGCGCUCGUCAAGUACGGCCCGCUCACCGUCGGCAUGCACCAGCAGCUCAUUCAAGUCUCGAUACUCUUUGAAAUAUUGAAUACUAAGAGCGAGCAGCUAAUCGGCGCCGUGUACGCCACACCAUGGGAACGGAUGGACAGGAGCAACAGGAAGACAGUGUUGUUUUUGAUGCACAAGAUCCAGAGCCCGGUCAGCCUCAAGGCUGCCAAGAUGGUGCCGGUGGGAGUGAACACCAUGUCCGCGGUCCUGAAAACGACGUUCUCGUAUUACAUGGUGCUGAAGGCUCUGGCUGGAGAACAAUAAGUCUCACACGAGGGGGAGGAAGGGGGGAGGGGAAAAUUGCCAAUACUUGAAAAAAGCACAAACAUUUUAAAAGAUU